UGGUAACCAUGGCAACGAACUGUGAAUGAACUCUCUUCGAGGGAAAAUUAGUUUAAAAAAUGAUGGAAACUAACUAAAAAUAGACGACUGUUUGGACCCGACCUGGCUUUUUUAUUGUAUUUUCUGUCCGCGGAUGAGUAGAAUACUGAAGAGAAAACAUUAACUCCCAGUUGUCUUCAUUUAAUGAAGUCCAUGGAGGAAAGCCUCACAACUUGUCUGUUAGCUACCGUUAGCUUGUUGCGGUUAUUCCAGUUAGGUUGUUUCUCGUAUUAGUCAUUUAUUUUAGUUGAGUUGUAGCAUACACCCCUAAAAUGUAGACUUCUGAGUUCUGUAUCUGUUCCCCCCAUCGGUUCAACCCCAGCCAGACCAUUGGCUUGUGGUGUGGAGCCACUCCCCUCACGUACCUCCCUUCUCGCUGAAGUGAUGCAGCAAUCGGCGGUCAGCGGGUGAAGGAGGGCAGCCAGGCUGGUAGUAGCUUAGUGGACUAGCGGAGGCGUCUCCGAAGAGGACAGCUGUGAAGGAGUAAGGUUCGGAGUUCAAGCUCAGGAGGGGGGACAGAAGUCUGACUGGGUAUAUCUUGGUGUACAUGAGGCUCGAUAGUCACGGACUGGGUACACAAGAGACUCAACAUGCACCGAAUAACGGGGAGAGCUGGAGGGGACAGUUUGAUUGAGAUGAGCCCAUCGGACUCUUUCAACGAUGACAUAAAUGGCUACCACCAACAUGCCUCAUCCAGCUCAGGAUCCCCCCAGCAGGAACAAUCACCGUCUCCUUUAACACCUGAUGUGUGUGUGGAGACCUGUGAGUCUCUUAACACCAGCUUGGCCUCCCUGGCCCCCUCUGACCACAGUGACAGUCCCCAUUUUGAGGCUCAGACCUUAGACCGAAUCAAUACUUUGACUGGGCUGUCGAGAAAGCGGGCGCUAUUCCUGAAGUUUCGUUCCAGGAUUGACAAACAACAACAAAGUAAAGACUCUGUGUUCUUCCGUGAUGGAGAGCGCAGGAUUGAUUUUGUCCUGUCCUAUGAUGAGGACAAAGAUGGAGAGAGAAAACAGGAGAGAAGAAAGAUAUAUGAAGCCAAUCUAGUAAAUGUCGGCCUGGAGCUGGAGACAGAAGAUAAAUCGGAGUCAGACGAUGGAAAGACGUACUUUGUGAAGAUCCAUGCUCCAUGGGAAGUGUUGGCCACCUACGCAGACGUGCUGAAGAUCAAGGUGCCAUUUAAGGCCAACGACAUCCCAGACAACAGCGAGAUGCCCAUGAACUGGCUGUCCACCCCCUUUCGUCUGCCGGAGCACAUCAUGCACCCCGAGCCGGACUAUUUCACAGCUCCCUUCAACAAAAGCAAAGCCGACUUCUUCCUUAUUGGCGACAAAGACACAUUCUUCCCCCCAUCUGUCCGCAACAGGAUAGUCUACUACAUCCUGUCCCGCUGUUCGUACUUCAGGGAUGAAUGUGGAGAUAAAGACAAGAAGGGAAUCAAGAGGCUACUCAACAACAGCACCUACACUGCUGCCUUCCCCCUGCAUGAUUCUCGAUACUGGACAAGAUCGAAGGAUGCUAACUGCGAAAGCGAAAGAUAUAAUCUCCACAAACACUGGGCUCGGUUCUUCUGUUUCUUCAAGGAGCAGCCUCUCAAUCUUAUCAGGAAGUACUAUGGGGAGAAGAUAGGUAUUUAUUUUGCGUGGCUUGGCUUCUACACGGAGAUGCUGUUGUUUGCUGCAAUUGUUGGGACGAUUUGUUUCGUCCACGGAUUCCUCACCUACGGUGACAAUGAGUGGAGUAAAGAAAUAUGUAAUGAGACGAUUGGAGGGAAUAUCGUCAUGUGCCCGCUGUGUGACAAGAAAUGUGGUUACUGGAAACUCAACUCAACAUGCAACUCCUCAUGGCAAUCGCACCUGUUUGACAAUGUGGGAACAGUGUUUUUUGCCAUAUUCAUGGGGAUUUGGGUGACGCUGUUUCUGGAGUUCUGGAAGAGGCGGCAGGCUCGUCUUGAGUACGAGUGGGAUCUGGUCGACUUUGAGGAGGAACAACAGCAGCUGCAGCUCCGGCCAGAGUACGAGACCAAGUGCACCAACCGCAAGCUGAACCGCAUUACUCAGGAAACGGAGUGGGUUCUUAACAGGACUGCUACAGAUAUUAUGGGGAAGUUGUUGCUGUGCUGGGCCACCGUGCUGCUCUGGAUCUCAUUGAUCAUUGCCUGCAUCAUUGGGGUGAUAGCGUACCGCCUAGCGGUAUACGCAGCCUUCGCCAGCAUCAUGAAGGACAGUGCAACAGCCCACCUGCAGGUGGUUGGGCCGUACAUCACGCCACAGCUGGCAACCUCUGUCACAGCCUCCUGCAUCAACUUUGUCAUCAUCAUGAUCCUCAACCUCAUGUAUGAGAGAGUGGCUGUUUGGAUCACUGACAUGGAAAUUCCCAAGACCCACCUGGAGUAUGAGAACAAACUGACGGUGAAGAUGUUCCUCUUCCAGUUUGUAAACUACUACUCCUCCUGCUUUUACGUGGCUUUCUUUAAGGGCAAAUUUGUCGGCUAUCCUGGGAAAUAUGCGUACAUGUUUAACAGCAAUCUGAGGAAUGAAGAGUGUGACCCUGGUGGCUGUUUGAUCGAGUUGACCACCCAGCUGGUGAUAGUGAUGACUGGUAAACAGGUGUGGGGCAAUAUCCAGGAGGCUCUGGUCCCGUGGCUGAUGAACUGGUGGGGCAGCAGGAAGGCACGAAACCACCCAGAGAGUCUGUACAGCCGCUGGGAGCAGGACCACGACCUGCAGGGCUUCGGACAGCUGGGCCUCUUCUACGAGUACCUGGAAAUGGUGAUCCAGUUUGGUUUCAUCACGCUGUUUGUCGCCUCCUUCCCCCUGGCACCCCUGAUGGCACUCAUCAACAACAUCAUCGAGGUCAGAGUGGAUGCCUGGAAGCUCACCACUCAGUUCAGACGUCCUGUGGCAGCAAAGGCCCACAGCAUCGGAGCCUGGGAGGAAAUCCUCAAUGGGAUGGCAGUACUCUCUGUAGUCACAAAUGCGUUUAUUGUGGCCUUCACUUCUGAUAUGAUCCCUCGGCUCGUCUACAUGUAUGCUUACGGUGAGAUGAGUAUGAAGGGCUACAUUAACAACAGCCUGUCUGUGUUUAAUAUAUCUGCGACCAAUUGGGAGAACAGGCCAGACGAAGACGAGAACCCUUACUGGUUCAACAGCUCCAUUACUACCUGCAGGUAUCGGGACUACCGCUACCCUCCCGGCCAUGAGAAGGAGUACGCCCACAAUAUGCAGUUCUGGCAUAUUCUGGCAGCCAAGCUGGCUUUCAUCAUCAUCAUGGAGCAUGUUGUGUUCCUGGUCAAGUUCUUUGUGGCCUGGAUGAUUCCUGAUGUUCCGUCUGACGUGAGGGCUCGGGUGAAGAGAGAACGCUACCUGGUCCAGGAGUAUCUCCAUAACUAUGAAGUGGAGAAGCUGAAGAUCCAGCUCAGCCAAAACGGCCAUAAUGAGUGUAGCUGCACGCCCAUGAUCUAUCCGUCUCUAACGAAACAUGAGGUGCUGUCAGAGUGUCUCUAGCCCAGCGAGCUGCUGGUCAAUCAGCUGGACGUGAUGGGAGGACAUGGUGAUGUAGAUUGCCCUGCUUGUGUAAUAUGAUACUGACCACCACUUUGCUGUAGUGCCUGUGUUGUUUGUCCAGUACACACACACACACACACACACACACGACUUUAAUCAAAGAGCUAGAGGUUGCCUCAGUUCACAACCCUCUUCUGCUAACCUGCUGAUAGUGAAGAUGAACACAGGUGAAAGACCAAUGCAUGCUGAAACAUGUGUAUUUAAACCUCAGCCUCAUAUUUAUGGCUUUUCACUCUCUAAUCAAAGUGCUGAUGAUAAUCAACAUUUGCUGUAGGAAAAGAAAGAGGAAAUCUUAUACACUGUGUCUAUGCCAGACAGCGUACUUAUUUUAAUAUUAAACUAUUUAUUUAAGUGCCACUAUAAGUAACCAAAGACUGGAUGCCUUAGUAUAUGACACUUAUAAUUGGUUCUAUCUGCCAUUAGAAUAACAGUUCAUAUCAUUUAAUAACUUGGAGCUUGCUCAUUAUCAUUUUGAGUGUUUCCCUUGUUUGUGCAGCUGGAUAAAAGGUUCCAGUGUUUCAUACUGUAAGUUCAUGUUUUUUCAGUUACUACAACAAAUGUGCGCAUCCCCAAAUCAAAAAUAUACAUUUUUCCUCAUACCUGUCACGCUGUUUAUCAGUCUAGAUUGCUUUGGUGUGAGUUACUGAGUCUAGGAGAUACCUGCCCUCUCUUGAACAUAAUGGAGCUAUAUGGCACUUGGCUUGUGGUGCUUAAAGCGCAGUAGCUGCUCGCAACAAGGUCUGUGGAUUAUUUUGAGUAACUGGGUCUUGAUGUCUGGAGAGAAACGUUGCUGUUGAGUUCUUACAUUUUUUGGCACAUUGGGCACAACAAGCCCACUGUCAUGUAGUUCAAUUUUAUUACAGGGAAAAUGUGUAUUUUUGAUGUUGCGCUGAACUGUCCCUUUAAGGUCAUGCCAAAGAUGUAACACAAAUGAAAACAUUUUUCUUAACUCCACUGGCAGUUAAUAGGCUGGUCUUAUUUUUUCUUUAAUCCAAUAACAGCCCACCAGUUUCUCCAGGCCAAAAUCUGACCUGUGAAUUAGCUUUUUAUGAAGACAAAUCUGUGCAGCUGUUAGUACUGUGAGUGAAGGACAGAUUUUGUCCUGCAAUGGCCAGUUGUUGAGCAGCAGCAGCAGCAGCAGCUGGUGCAUGUUGACUGUUGACAGUGAGUCCUGUUACUGGAGAUGAGAAGCGAGAAAAAAGCCCUGAGAGAUUGAAGAGAUCCCUUUUUAAUGUGUCUCUGUUUACCAAUAUGUCGGCGCUAAUAAAAGCCUGCCCCUACCUACUGAACUAUGUUUGCUCCAUUACACAAAGCAUAUCAGCCAUCAUCCAGUUCUUGUUCUUCUGUUUUUCCUCAGCUGUGUCUGUGUCGAAAAGGAAAGAUACACAUUCUUUUUUUUAUAUUGCACAAAGCACUUAAUGAAACGUGACUACCAAGACAUAAAGCUGUCAGUGUAACUGUUGUCAUGACACUACGUAUUCAUAACCAGUGUUUUGUAGCAAUGUGUGAUAAUCUGCGUUAAUUUAAAUGGAAGUUGUAUUGUAGGUAAGAAGAAUUCUAAAAUUGAGAGAAAGAUGUAACUUUUUGUUUUGAAAAUAUAUGAAGGACAUUUUUGUUUAUUUGGCUGCCUACAUUAGGAUUAUGUGAGAAGUAUCUGUUGUUGAAGUAUUUAAAUUAUAGGUGAAAUAUCUGGCUGGCUGUGCUACAAAUUCAGGCCACUAAAUCUAUGUUUGUUUGAGAUGCAUGUAGAUGUGACCAUAUAGCGAAGAGUAAUGUUGGACUGUUACAGUUUGCCUUUUUCAUGCUCUGCGCUCAGCUCAUGCCUUUUGAUGCCUUAAUACAUCUAAUUCAUUGUGUUUUCUAUUUUAUUUCCUCUUUUCUUAUGUCCUCUUCUUGUUAUGCUUUCGUAAUAUUUUAUAUCGCCAUAUACUUGGAAAAAAAGGUGAACCUGUUUACUGUAUGCUUAAAGUUAAAAUUUCAUGUUUUCUUUCAUUUAUUUCUGUAUUUUUUGUAUUUGUCCUGUAUCCAAUGUCAUUGUAAACAAAGCUAAUCUCCAAAAUAAAGUUUGAGUUCAACUUGAGUAAA